AUGGAUUUGUUCCCCACGACUAAGGCCUCCGACCCUCUGCCCGGAAAUUGGUCCUACGACAGCGCCUUUGACCUAUUCUCCUUGAACCCUGCCGACAUUAACCCCGUCUCCUUCGACUUUGCCGACAAUCUGACCAAUGCCAACUUCAAAGAUCUUUUGAUGGAUCCAUUCGGCAUACCCACUGCCAUCAGCGGGUUCAGCAUGCCCACGGCCGAAGACGCCGUCUCGCCCUCUUCGACACCAUCACUUAACUCGUCCCACAUACAAACAUCCAAACUAACCUCAUUUCAAGAUCUCAACAGUGACGAUCAAUCCUGGUACGUGAGUACCCGCCCCUCCAUCGACAUGACCGUGCCCUAUCCAACCGCACCAACAAAACCAACCACCCGCGCCUCCAUCACAAGCACGAACACCAGUACAUCAACAUCAACCUCACCCCGCUGGUCCCCCAGCCCGGGAAUCAAACCCCAACAAUAUAAUCCCCCACGUACCGACAAACGCCGCAAAAUCAGCUCUCUCUCUGAAAAAUCCACCAGCGACACCUCCGCUUCCUCCUCCGCCCCCGUUUCAGCCCCACAAGACCCCUAUGGCCGCAACGCCGCCAAGCGCGCCGCCCACAACAUCAUCGAAAAGAGGUACCGCACAAACAUGAACGCUAAAUUCCUCGCGCUAGAAAAGACCAUUUCACCAGCCGGCGUGCAGAAAUCUUCCCGUGCGGGCGCUGACGCGGGAUCGCUGAAGAAAUCGGAGAUUCUGAGUAAUACUUUAGCGUAUAUCGAGUGUAUUCAGCAGGAGAAUCUCGCCGCGCAGAAGGAUUUGGCUAUGCUGAAGCAGGGGCUUAGUCUUGGUAUGAGGAGGGGUCCGAAGAAGGGUCGUUCGUGA